UAGAUGCGGAUUUAAGAAAAAUGACGCUACAAGAGUCAAAAAUAGAGAUUCAUCACACACAGCUUUUUAUCAACAAUGGGUUUGUAAAUUCUAUAAAAAGUGCUGUGAUACCAGUUAUCAACCCAUCCAAUGAAGAGGUCAUUUGUGAAAUUCAAGCUGCAGACAAGGAGGAUGUUGAUUUGGCUGUUGCAGCUGCUAGAAAUGCAUUUAAAAUUGGCUCACAGUGGAGAACUAUGGAUGCCUCUGAGCGUGGGCUACUCAUUUCCAAAUUUGUAUCACUUCUUCAAAGAGAUAAAGAGUAUUUAGCUUCAUUAGAUGCUUUAGACAAUGGGAAACCAUAUCUUAACGCCCUGGAUGAUGUCUCAGCCAGUAUUAAUCUGUUUAACUACUAUGCUGGCUGGUGUGAUAAGAUUUGUGGAAAGACAAUUCCUGUUGAUGGCAACUAUUUCACAUAUACACGUCAUGAACCUGUCGGAGUCUGUGGACAAAUCAUUCCUUGGAACUACCCUCUUGCAAUGCUUGCUUGGAAGCUUGGCCCAGCCUUAGCUUGUGGUAACACAGUUGUUUUAAAGCCGUCAGAGCUGACUCCUUUAUCUGCUCUUUACUGUGCACGGUUAUUUAAAGAGGCAGGUUUUCCACCAGGUGUGGUAAACAUUGUUCCAGGAUAUGGCAACACUGCAGGUGAAGCCAUCGCUCGUCACAUGGAUAUUGAUAAAGUGGCUUUCACUGGUUCAACAGAGACUGGAAGAAAGGUCAUGACGGCAGCAGCACAAAGCAAUUUGAAAAGAGUCAGCCUGGAGCUGGGAGGAAAAAGUCCUCUCAUCAUCUUUGCUGACUGUGAUGUUGAUUUUGCAGUGUCAUGUGCACAUGAAGCCAUUAUGGGGAAUCAUGGCCAAAAUUGUUGUGCAGCUUCACGAACAUAUGUACAAGAGAGCAUCUAUGAAGAGUUUGUACAGAAAUCCAAGGAACUUGCAGAGAACAGAAAAGUUGGAAAUCCCUUUGAUUCAGCAACACAGCAAGGUCCACUGGUGAGCAAGGCACAGUUUGACAAAGUUCUGAGCUACAUGAAGAAAGGGAAAGUUGAGGGUGCUAGGCUGGUAGCUGGUGGGGAUCAAAUAGGAACCAAAGGAUUUUAUGUUCAGCCAACUGUUUUUGCUGAUGUGAAGGACGAUAUGAGCAUUGCUGUUGAUGAGAUAUUUGGGCCAGUCCAGAGUAUUUUAAAGUUCACUGACAUAGAAGAGGUGAUUGAAAGAGCCAACAAGACUAACUAUGGGCUUGCGGCAGGAGUUAUAACUAAUGAUAUCAACAAGGCAUUUCAAAUUUCACAGUCCAUACAAGCUGGAAGUGUAUGGGUUAACUGUUAUGAUGUUGUCACUUCACAAACACCUUUUGGUGGCUUCAAGCAGUCAGGCCAAGGCAGAGAACUUGGUGAAUAUGCCCUCCAGAUGUACUCUGAGAUAAAAACAGUCACCAUACAGAUUCCCCAGAAAAAUUCAUAGCCCAGUAGCCUACCCCACAUAGCAGCAGGCAUUAACCCUUAUAGUAUUCUACAUUCCCUAUCUACUUCAACAAUGUUAUCCACUUAAGUUGUUAUUUAGAAAAGGCAUUAUCAUUUAUUAUCAUACAAUUUAAAAUACAUUUCUGCAUUACAUUAAAUGAAACUUGAUUACAUUAUUGUUCCAGUACAAAUGCCAAAGAAGGUUUUUGGUUUUCAAAAUAUCUCACCUGUAUAUGGUUACAACAAAUCAUGUUACUGAUGCAUUAAAUGCUGAUGCUGUUUUAAAUGUGAUGUGUUUUAAUUAAUGAGAUUUUGUCUCUGCAAUUAUUAUAUUAUAAGAGGUUUUUUAUUUUUCUAAUCUAUAAAGUAAUUUACAUAUGACUU